GAAGUUCCUGAAGUUGCUGAUAUGUGUUCAAGAUGAGUGGAAUGGGAGAAAAUUCCUCUGACCCGUCCAGGGCAGAGUCACGAAAGCGCAAGGAUCCUGAUCAGCUUGGACCCAGCCCUAAAAGAAGCACUGAGAAACGUAAUCGAGAGCAAGAGAAUAAAUACAUAGAAGAACUUGCAGAACUGAUUUUUGCAAAUUUUAAUGACAUCGACAACUUUAACUUUAAACCUGACAAAUGUGCAAUCUUGAAAGAAACUGUGAAGCAAAUUCGUCAGAUAAAAGAACAAGAAAAAGCAGCAGCAGCUAACGAAGAUGAAGUGCAAAAAGCAGAUGUGUCAUCUACAGGUCAGAGUGUCAUUGACAAGGAUGCACUUGGACCAAUGAUGCUUGAGGCCCUAGAUGGGAUCUUCUUCGUAGUGAACCCAGAAGGCAACGUCAUGUUUGUUUCUGAGAAUGUGACUCAGUACCUAAGGUACAACCAAGAAGAGCUGAUGAACACAAGCAUAUAUAGCAUCCUGCACGUAGGGGACCACAAUGAAUUUGUCAAAAUCCUGCUGCCAAAAUCUCUAGUGAACGGGGGACCCUGGUCUGGUGACACUCCUCGGCGUAACAGCCAUACCUUCAACUGUCGCAUGCUGGUGAAACCUCUUGCUGAUUCUGAGGAAGGCCAUGAUAACCAGGAAGCACAUCAGAAAUAUGAAACUAUGCAGUGCUUUGCUGUUUCUCAACCAAAUUCCUUCAAGGAGGACGGUGAAGAUUUGCAGUCUUGCUUGAUUUGUGUUGCAAGAAGAGCUCCGAUGAAGGAGAGACCACUUCUUCCCUCAUCAGAGAGCUUUACUACUCGCCAGGAUCUACAAGGCAAAAUAACUUCACUGGACACAAGUACCAUGCGAGCAGCCAUGAAGCCUGGCUGGGAGGACUUGGUGAGAAGAUGCAUUCAAAGGUUCCAUUCACAACAUGAGGGAGAAAUAUCUUUUGCCAAGAGACAUCAUCAGGAAGUGCUGAGGCAGGGCCUGGCGUUCAGUCCCGUGUACCGGUUUUCCUUGUCCGACGGCACUAUCGUUUCUGCCCAAACGAAGAGCAAGCUCAUCCGUUCUCAGACUACCAGUGAACCUCAGCUCGUAAUCUCCUUGCAUAUGCUCCAAAGAGAGCAGAAUGUCUGUGGAAUGAAUCAGGACUUGACUGGACAAGGAAUGGGGAAGAUACUGAACCCAAUUAGCUCCAGCAGCCCUGCCCAUCAGGCCAUGUGCGGCGGGAACCCAGGUCAGGAUAUGACCAUCAGUAGCAAUAUAAAUUUUGCCAUAAACGGCCCAAAGGAACAAAUGGGCCUGCCGGCGGGCAGGUUUGGCGGUGCCGGGGGCAUGAACCACGUGGCGAGCAUGCAAGCAUCCACUCCUCAGGGUAGUAACUAUGCACUAAAAAUGAACAGCCCCUCUCAAAGCAGCCCCGGCAUGAACCCGGGGCAGCCAAACUCUAUGCUUUCCCCGCGGCAUCGCGUGAGCCCGGGAGUGGCAGGAAGCCCGCGCAUCCCACCCAGUCAGUUUUCCCCUGCAGGAAGCUUGCAUUCACCUGUGGGAGUUUGCAGCAGCACAGGAAAUAGCCAUAAUUACACCAACAGCUCCCUGAACGCCCUGCAGGCCCUCAGUGAGGGCCAUGGCGUCGCGCUCGGAUCCUCGUUGGCUUCGCCUGACCUAAAAAUGGGAAAUGUACAAAACUCCCCUGUGAAUAUGAACCCUCCCCAGCUGAGCAAGAUGGGAAGCCUGGACUCUAAGGACUGCUUUGGACUUUAUGGGGAGCAACCCGAAGGUACAACUGGACAAGCAGAGAGCAGCUGCCAUUCAGGGGAGCAGAAGGACGGCGCUGAGGGCGGCCUGCCGCCGGUGGUGGGUGGCGAGAGGCCUGAUGGGCAGAGCAAACUGCACGAUGGAAAAAGCCAGACGAAGCUCUUGCAAUUGCUGACCACCAAAUCGGAUCAGAUGGAGCCCUCGCCGCUGUCCAGCACCAUGGCAGACGUCAGCAAGGAGUCCACUGGAGGGUUGGCUGGGUCUGGCUCGGCACACGGAACCUCGCUCAAGGAGAAGCAUAAAAUUUUGCACAGACUAUUGCAGGACAGUAGUUCUCCUGUAGAUCUGGCCAAGCUCACAGCCGAGGCCACGGGCAAAGAACUGAACCAGGAGUCCAGUAGCACAGCUCCUGGUUCGGAGGUGACUGUUAAACAGGAGCCGGCGAGUCCUAAGAAGAAUAAUAAUGCACUACUUCGCUACUUGCUAGAUAAAGAUGAUACUAAAGAUAUUGGUUUACCAGACAUGCCCCCAAAACUGGAGCGGUUGGACAGUAAGACAGACCCUUCCGGUAGCACAAAGUUAAUAGCUAUGAGGACGGAAAAAGAAGAGAUAAGCUUUGAGCCUAAUGAACAGCCGGGCAGCGAGCUGGACAACCUGGAGGAGAUCCUGGACGACCUGCAGAACAGCCAGCUGCCGCAGCUUUUCCCAGAUGGCCGCGCCGGCGCGCCGGCGGGCUCGGUGGACAACCCAACCCUCAUCCACCACCCCACAGCUACGCUGCAAGUUGGUGCCCCUCUGGGAGG